AUGUUUCCCCGACAAUCCGCGCGCUGGGCACCUGCCUCUGUAUCGCGGUUCUUCCAACCGGCUCUCCCUAUCAGACGAUCCUUCACCUCCACACGGACGGCGCUCAACUCGUCGCAAAGCAGCGCCUACAAGGACGGGCUCUCUGCCUAUCGCACCUUUCUCGGCCCCUUUGCCAAGGUUUUCCUGGGCGCCGUGUUUACGUACCAAGUCAUCUACUGGACAUGGCUGAAGUUGGAGAUGGAUGAGUCCAAGUUGGAGAAAAAUGAAGAAGUGGCCGUGUUGGAGAAACAGGCCCGGGAGAUCACCCCCAAGAAAUGA